ACCGACCAAAAUCGGCGGCGAGCUAGGUCAGUGGCCGGCUGGCUGCUGCCGUCGCCGCCGCUGCUUCGGUGUCCGGAUCGCCGCCGGUCCGGCGAUUAUCGCCGCCCUGGUCCUCUCCUAGGUCAGAGGCAGGGUUGCCGCAGGGAGGGAUCCCAAUUCCCAAACCAUCCUGCGGCGGCUACUCUCGGGGAGUCCAUCCUCUGCUUCUCUGCUGUUUCCUGUGACAAGUGAACUCGCCGGCGGCCAGGUGAGUCCGACGCCCGACGACUGUUCGGCGAAAUGCCUCCAGGGGAACAGAACGUGAGUGCGCCGCCGGUGAGAGCGGGUGACCGCAUCGGCGCCCUCCCCGACGAUAUCCUCCACCACCUCCUCUCCUUCCUCCCGGUGCAGUCGGCCGUGCGGACGUGUGUGCUUGCUCGGCGCUGGCGCCACCUCUGGAAGUUCACCACAGGCCUGCGCAUCGUCGGCGUUCUGAGACAGGGGCCUGUCCAGGAACUGCGGAAGUUCCUGGACCAUCUGCUCAUCCUGCGUGAGCGCAGGGUCCUAGACACCGUUGAGAUCAAAUUCAGCGAAUUCUUGAAAGAUGACGUGCCCUAUGUGAACCUAUGGACUCGAUGUUCUGUGCAAUGGGGAGUUCGUGCGCUCACCCUUCAUAUCAAUCACUACGAACAUCUCUACCUAGACGGCCUGCCUCUUGUCUCUAAGCAUCUGAACAUAUUAGACCUUUAUGGUGUAGGCCUACAAAAGAAGUCCCUUGACUUCUCUUGCUGCCCGGCAUUGAAGGAUCUGAAAAUGAAAUUUUGUGAGAUCCAUGUUCAUAAGAUAUCGUCCUGUUCCCUGAAGUGCUUGAGCAUCAUUUAUUGCCAGUCCAAACUGAAUUGCCAGGUCCGUGUAUGUACUCCAUGCCUCAUCUCGCUGGAACUAGAUAAAUUUUCAGGUAGAACCCCUUUUCUUGACAACAUGGUGUUGCUAGAGACCGCACGUGUGGAUCUUAGCAAUUCCUGUGAAGAUUUCUGUUUGAAUUAUGACAAACUUGGUGCUUUCUGUGGAGAUGAUGAUAAUGGAUGUCAGAAUUGUGUUGCUUAUAAAGAUGGCAGCGACGAAUGUGUGCUUCUGGGUGGUAUCUCAAAUGCUAAACAUAUGAAGUUGAUAUCUGAAUCCGACAUUUUUGUUUUCACAAGAGAUUUGAAGCAGUGCCCUACAUUCAGCAAGUUAAAGACUCUAUUACUCAAUGAAUACUGGUGCAUGGCUCCUGACUUGGAUCCACUAGCUUGCAUUCUGAAGAACUCGCCAGUUCUAGAGAAGCUCACUCUUCAACUUUUCUACACGAGUGGAGAUAUCAUUGAAAUGAUAGGAAGCUACAGUUCAGUGGAGAGGUCGUCUGCAAUAUCAGAGCACCUUAAGAUAGUUGAAGUCAAGUUUCCUGAGAUGGACAAGACAACUCGCAAAGUUCUGAAGUUCCUCUGUACAUUUAACAUACGAUUCAGAGUCGAGUAGGGGUGAGAAGACCAGGGUUGUCGGUGGAUCUACCAGUUCUUUACUACUACUCUGAAGUAAUCAGAAAAAGGCUUAAUUAUAGUGCAACAGUCGAGAAGGUUUCCAUAUUUUUUGGCAUGUGUAUCUUAUGCAAUUUCUGCUAAGAGUAACGGUGCAGUAUGUAUAACUUAUUUUGCCCACUAGUCUAUCUACUUGGACUUUGUUUUGUCCUAUCAUGUAAUUUGUACUGCACUUUGAUCUGGUUCAUGCUGGAUUUCUUCAGCUACCGAAUUGGUCAAUGCUCUCUCAGGCAAAAAAGAAAAACCCACCUUGGAGUGUAACUUGUUAUA